GAGAGAUUGACAAUUGUUAAAUAAAUAAUGGUAGUAUGCUUCAUAUCAACCAACUGUGAUAACCUGGGAAGUAAUCGUUGUUAUGGAUCUAUUUUGGAGAAAGUAUUGUAGAUUAGUGUAAGGUAUAGAGCAAAUGUAGCAAAAAUGAACAUUACGCAGUUAUUAAUUUUAAAAUGAUAGAAGAAACCCAAAUGGGAUCACAAACGUUGGAAAUUCUUAGACAAGGAGUAUGGGCCUCGCUUACUGGUGGAUGGUUUUAUGACCCUCACCAGGAUGUCUUCUGUAACACUUUUCAUUUGUAUGUUUGGUUAUAUCUCUUAUGUGUCCCGUUUUGUAUCUAUGUGUAUUUUCCACCAUCAUGGACUGUUUGGUAUUUUUAUUGCGGAUCUGUAACAGUGGGUCUAACAAUAUUGAAAUUAGUUAACUAUGGCCUGCAUCACAUGUAUGAUACCAAAGAAUGUAUACAGGAAGAAGUUGAAGAUGUACCCCAAGACUUAAAAAAGGAGGAGGAAGGUAUAGAAUUGCAGAUAAUACCAAGCAAAUCAUCCGGCCAGACUAAUAGAGCAGGAACAAAACUAGCUCACCUGCAUGAUAUAGAAUUUGGUCCAUUGCACAGUACUGAUGCUGAAAGCCUAGAGUCUGAUUUCCAUCAAUUAGAAUAUACCGAAGGAGCCUGUAAACCUACUAGUACCAUAGAUUUAAAAGCUGAAGUACAUAGAAAAAACUCAUCAGAAAGCAGUGAUGAUAUACCUAGCGUCCCCACUGAUUUGAUCCCCAUCAACUCAGAACAACCAGAAAAGCGUAAAGUCAGAUAUUCAGACCGGCGUCCAAAACACCAGCGCUCCAAAACAGACAGUUACGUCACUUUCGUGAAAGAAGACAAAAAACUAGACUCUGAAACUGACGGACAAGGACACGGGAUGCUUUUAAGGCAGCGGACCUCACUGCAGAGUGUGGAAUCCGAACACGGAUCUACAAAUUUUGGCCAGAUAGAAAGUUCAGGAAGGAGGCAUUCCAAUUUCACGAGUUUAAGUUUCUUGCCGUCCACAGUUCAAGUUGAUAUUAAACCUACAGGUUCCCUUGAAUUAGGUUAUAUAGACAAAAAUCCCAACCAACCACUUACCUCGGAAGGGUUUUAUUUCAAGCCUACUGUAAUGGGAGUGAGAAGAAUUCGUUCUACAGUUCUGGAAUCGUGUUGUCCACCCCCACCUCUAGAUGUACAUCCCAACAGUUUAGAAAUACUCAGCGGCAAAAGUUUGACGAAAAAUCCUCUUCCUCCACCCAGUUCUAGUCUCACUCGGAACCAACACCUAAACCUGUGUCCGUAUUAUGGUUCCGAGAUAGUUUACCCCAUAGCAGAACAGUCAGAUGAACAUCAAACUUCCCACGGCCCAGACACUGACGUAGAGAGCAUGGAACGACGUUCUGAUUCAGAUUGCGAGGAAAUCGACCAAGGUAGCCAUAGCCCCCUCAUGUACAUUAAACCCAAAAAACCGAAAAGUGUGCCUUACUCCCUCAACGACGAGAAGUACCACCAAACUGCGAAGCUAUCUUCCACGAAAUCCGUCAUAGCGCCCGUUCAGUAUCAGCACAGCUCCAAAACUAAUACCAACUCCAAAGAUCGACUUCUGGAAAAUAACGACAACUCCAAUUCCAGUACUACACCCGACAUGCAAGAUGCCAGGACUGAUUUCUAUAAUACUGAUAACGACGUCAGCGAUAAAAAUUUGUCUUUCAGCAACUCUAGUAUGGAACUGGACGAUAAUAGAGCUGCCUGUAUAUAUCCUAUUGCCGCUGUUGAGGAAAAGAUCGACAAACAGUUAAAGAGGAAGCCCAAAGAAAUCGAAAGAGUAGCCAAAACCGAAGAAGAACAACCUACAGUGGUGGUGAGAAAGAAGAGAAUCGCCAGGACGAGACGAAGAGCCUUGAGCGAUGACCAACAGGGGAAGUUGAAGUGCCAACAUCAGGGAAAAUUUUCUAGCACAGAGCCUUUAAAGAGGGAUUCCGAAUGGUGUAGUACGACGACGGUGUCGUUGGAGCACGAUGUCAGCAAAGUCCUGCAAGACAACGUUCCAUCCACUAGUAGUUUGGGCGCCAUACCAAAGAAAACACGACUGGCUUCGAGGGAUCCUUCCAAUUCCAUAGCCAGGAAACUACCAAAGAGUGAAUCUGAAAAAUGUAGCGUUUGCCGGUGUAAACCAUCUAGGUUAGACAGGGAGAGAAACAAACCUAUGAAAGAGAACAAAGUGACCCAGACACAGAUGAGGCAUUCAGAGAGCUUAAGUCCAGUGGAGGGUUUGGAAUGUGUUGUAUAUUCACCACCUUUAUCACGAGCUAAACUGAAUUUACCAAAAAUGGCUUCUGGUGACACUAGCAAAGCAGAUUCGCAAUCUAAGAACGAAGACGGUUCGUCAAAUGGUUCCAACAACGAACUGAGCACAUUACUACCACCUGCGCCUUUGCUUUCUGCGUUUUUGAACUCAAGACCCGCCAACAUGAGUACUUCGAUGGGCUUGGAGAAUAUCCGGUCUAAUUCUAAUCGCAUGAGACUGAAAAGGAUCAACAGAAACAACAGGAGGAGAUCUAACCAGGCAUCAAAGAAAGAAAAUAUCCCUGGAUCUCUAGCAGCCGGAUACGGCAGAUAUACUGCUAGGCAUUUUACUUCAGACACUCCAGAAGGAUGCAAUCAUUGCUCUAUGGAUGAGUACGGAGAUUUUUAUGUGUUAACCUACGACGAUAAAGCCGCUGGAGUAUCCGCUAGUAGUGAAACUGUAGGUCCUAGUACUUCCCAAGCCGGCCUCACUGUCGAAAAGUCCUCUCUUCACCGACGCCGAAGCGACGCUGCUGGUGUGACGGCGUCGUCCAGCAGGCCGCGUCGUACUGUCAACGAUAUCUGGGAUAGUAAUAGUACCGAAUCGACUUGUAAUAGUUCCAUCUCUACCAUUCUGGAUGUCUCUUUGCAGAAGUCGAAUCAACCUCUCAACUCGCCCAUGGCUUCGGAGCCACACAAUCGGCUUAAACAACCGUUUGAACACGAUCGACUGUUAGUAGAGACUGAAUCAAAAUUCAAGAGUAUACAAUCAGACCCCGUAGACAAUAAUUAUAAACGGACAAAGAGUUAUUAUGUGUUCAAAGUGUGGCCAUGGACUUACGUGAAAGUCAGCAUGGACAGACUGAAGUUGCUAGCGCUCUUAGAUAGAAAUCUAACUCUCCACGAAACGAUUCUCUCCAUCAUACUCGGCAGUAUGGUGUGCAUCCUAGGUGCCGUUAUGCUACACAAAGAAUUCUACAGAGAUCUUACCUCGUUCAUUCUCUGUUUUGUCAUCGCCAGCUGCCAGUACUCCUUGAUAAAGAGCGUGCAGCCAGACGCUGCUUCGCCGACACACGGCUUCAACAGGGUUAUCGCGUAUUCUAGACCUUUGUACUUUUGUAUAUUUUCUUCCCUCGUACUUAUCUUCGACUAUCAUAUACUAGCCGAAACGAAGGAGAUGGGGUACAAUCUGAACUCACUUUCCCUAACAAACCAGCAAUUACUGCUAUUGUCCUGUGAUUUUUUAGUUAAUUUUAUCCUAGUGUUUCCGCUUCUUUUCUCUCUCGGCCUAUUUCCUCAGAUAAAUACGUUUCUGAUGUACAUCCUGGAACAGGUGGACAUGCACGUAUUUGGAGGCAACGCCAUGUCUAGCCUUUCCGCCUCUCUCUACUGCAUCUUCCGAUCAUGCUUGACUGUGAUAAUUUUGGGGGGCGUCGCCUACGGGGGCUUAAGUGAGAGUAAAGGGGCACAGCAUGUUUUGUUCUCGAUGUUUUGCGCUUCGCUGGUAGCCACCUGUUAUCAUCUAAGCAGAAGCACCAGUGAUCCUACGCAUAUUUGGAACAUGGUGAAGAACCAUCUGUGGUUGCCGGAUGUUUACAGGGAGCAGCAGGAGAGCGAGAGUAGCAGUACCGAAGAGAAGAAGCACCGAGAAGAACCGAAGGAGGCUAAGGCGGAUGCGAAGCUAGAAUCGAAGACUAAAGAGAAGACUGUGAAAUUUCCUAGUAAUAAGGAGCAGUAUAAUGUAGAGGAAGACGUCUCAGAUCCACUACCUGCUAAGUUACAGAAGAUCAACAACGCAAGGUUGAAGCAUGACGUCAUAGUAUGCAGUUUAAUAGCGAUAUUAGUGUUUGCCGUUCAUGCUAGCACUGUGUUUACUGUUCUCCAACCGGAACUAAGUCCGGUUUUAUGGUCCAUUGGCGCUACUUUGGGGUUUAUUCUACACUACACGGUUCCUCAGAUGCGCAAACACUUGCCUUGGCUGUGCAUCGCCAGACCGAUAUUCAGAGCCCAAGAACAUGAGCAGUAUCAGAUCAAAGGUCCGGCCAAAGUCAUGUGGUUCGAAAAAGUAUACGUUUACUUCUCCUUCCUGGAACGUAACAUCGUGUAUCCACUAUUGUUCCUCUCCGUUCUGACUGAAGACUCGCCUCGCAUUGUGAUGAAAUACGGAACGAUCCGAGGCUCAUUUAUAGUUGUGAUAUGCGGAAUCAAGUGCCUAAGGAAUAGUUACUCGAAUCAAAGCGCCCAGUACUUGAUCCUGGUGUUUUCGGCGUUGUUCUACAAAUACGACGUGAGGAAAAUUGACGAGACGUUCUUGGUCAUCUACUUUUUUAUGGUCACGGCUUAUAACAAGAUGUAUGAGUUUAUGUUGAAGAUCCAGUUUGUAGUGACAUAUAUAGCGCCAUGGCAAAUAACAUGGGGUUCGGCGUUUCACGCAUUUGCACAGCCUUUUUCGGUACCACACUCCGCCAUGCUGUUCCUCCAAGCCUUCAUGUCCUCUUGUCUCUCAAUGCCUCUCAAUCCCUUUCUCGGCAGCGCUAUUUUCAUCAUAUCUUACGUACGACCGGUUAAGUUCUGGGAAAGAGACUACAAUACUAGAAGAGUCGAUCACUCGAAUACACCCCUUUCAUCUCAUUUGGACAGGAACUUAGGAGCUGACGACAACAAUUUGAAUUCCUUGUUCUACGAACAUCUCACAAGGUCACUUCAGACGUCUUUAUGUGGCGAUUUGAAGAUGGGGCGGUGGGGAUUGGUUAACCAAGGAGACUGUUUCGUUCUGGCUUCCGAUUACUUGAAUUGUUUGGUGCAUGUGAUAGAGAUGGGGAACGAUGUGAUUACGUUCCAAAUGAGAGGAUUGGAGUUCAGAGGGACCUAUUGUCAACAGAGGGAAGUAGAAGCCAUCACUGAAGGAGUAGAAGAAAAUGAUGGUUGUUGCUGCUGUGACACUGGACAUUUACCAAACAUGCUCAGCAUAAACGCAGCAUUCAAUCAAAGAUGGCUGGCGUGGGAAGUCAUAGCGGCGAAAUAUAUUCUAGAAGGCUACAGCAUUUCUGAUAAUAGUGCUGUUUCUAUGCUGCAAGUAUUCGAAUUCAGGAAGGUGUUGGUGUCGUAUUAUGUGAAAAGUAUAAUAUUUUACCUCAUUCGGUCUCCCAAACUCGAGGAAUGGUUGUUUAAUCCAACAAUAUCUAAAGCUCUUUCGCCUAUGGAACAUAGAUCUUUUGUAGACCUGGAUCCGAUAUUCAAUUACAACAUUGACGAGGACUACGACAUGCAGAACAGCGGCAUCACCAAGAACAGCUUCAUGCAGAUCCAUGGUGAUUGGAUCAAGUUCUGCGUGGAAAGAUCCGGGAAAAAUGUUGAGAGUGGCAUCAGUUCGCCGUUGACUCUUUUGUGUUUCGCGUUAAGUUUACUGGGAAGAAGAACACUGGGUGCAGUCUCUCACAACACGGUCUCGGGGGUAGAGUUUUUUCUCUACGGAUUGCACGCCCUUUUUAAGGGGGAUUUUCGAAUAUCGUGUGCUAGAGAUGAAUGGGUCUUCAGCGACAUGGAUCUCUUGAAAACUGUUGUAGCUCCCGGCGUUAGAAUGUCCCUCAAGCUCCACCAGGACCAUUUCAUGGCAGCCGACGAGUACGAAGAACUGUCUACAUUGUACGAAGCCAUCUGUAAGCAUGAAGAGGAAUUAGUGAUAUCACACGAGGGAGAUCCUGCGUGGAGGAGAGGAGUAUUAAGUGGGGCACCUAGUCUUUUAGCUUUAAGGCAUGUGUUAGAUGAAGGCAACGAUGAAUAUAAAAUUAUUAUGUUAAACAAGAGGUAUCUCAGCUUCCGGGUCAUUAAAGUGAACAAAGAAUGUGUGAGAGGUCUUUGGGCUGGCCAACAACAGGAGUUAGUAUAUUUUAGGAAUCGCAACCCGGAGCGGGGCAGCAUUCAGAACGCCAAGCAGGCGCUCAGGAACAUCAUUAACUCUUCUUGCGAUCAACCCAUUGGAUACCCCAUUUACGUUUCACCCUUAACUACGAGCUAUGCCGAAACCAACGAACAAUAUGCCAAUCUCGUAGGUGGGUCAGUCAGUUUGAAGAAGAUUAAAAAUUAUUUUUUUAACACAUUCAGAAGGAUAAGAAAACGUUGUGGUGAGGGCUGUUCCAGCGGCUCGGCCAACAGAGAAGAAGCUGGCACAGCCCAUGAAGGAAUGUAUGCCAUGACUCCGGUUUCGACUCUAGCCCAUACCGGAAGUCAGUCUACCGAUGGAUCACAUUUAGGUGGCAGCAUUGGAAGAGGGUCUAGCUUGAGCAGGACAUCUUUAGGUGGCAAUAGAGGUAGUCUAGUAUCUGUUGGAAAACCAACAAGUUCAACUCUAGUCAGUUUGGCGGGUUUGUUCAAGGAGCGGGAUGAAAGAGCUGUGUCUCAAGCUCCAGAUGUUCAGAUCCGUGGAGAGGAUAAGACCUUAGACACAAAUCCCAUUGCUGAACGGGAAUGUGCAUCUAGAGUAAGGAUUAUAGAACCAGGUGCUGUAUUUGACUCUGUAAACCAAAUAGGCAAAGUAGAUCUCCUAUGGCCGAACGAGUUCUUCAGAAUGAGGGGAGGCCGUACCUACUGGAAAGACUGGAUACCUGAAGAAGGAAUGGAAGGAACGGUGGUCCACAAAUGGAUUCCCAGCCACAAGGAAGCAGCGAAGAGGUCUCACAUCGACAAAACAAUCCUGCUGGUCAAUAUCGACGAUAAAUAUGUACCGAUAGCUAAAAGCGGAGUUCAAGAUCUCGGGGCCGAAGUAUAG